CAAAGACUGGACCUUACAGUUCCGCAUCGUCGCGUUGACUCCUCACGCUAUGUAUGUCAUGCCAGGAUCAACGAGGUUCGACGUGCUGCAUACCUCCACAACGGGCUAGCCUGUCCAGCGGGAUGAAGUCGCGCUCGGCCAAUCUCAGCUCAUCCUCUCGGCACAUGCGCAUCGUGCAUAUGUCGCAGUUGACGAUCAACAGGCACUCUUUUACACACUUACAAUGCACCCCCUACGAUUGGCUGCAGCUGCUGUCAGAACUGUACUGAAUGCACGAUGCGGUAAUGUUGGCGGCCGGAGUAGUACGAAGGAGAUGAAAUUGUACGCGAAGGACGGCACGUUGAAGUGUGAUUGAAGUAUUUAAGCUUUCUGAAGUCUCGGGAUUUUGGAAAGUAAGAAGAGAGUCACCAAAGCUUCUUCAAUUACCGCAAUGCUUUCAAUUCUUCUUGCAGCGGCGCCGCUGGCCUCGCUUGUGUGUGCAUCUUUCGAUGGCAACCUGAACUACCACUCGCCUUCUCGCCGACACGAAGGCCUUGGCAUCGAUGUGCCGAAGGUCGCGAAGAGAAGUCUCAUCAAGCGGGCGACUCCGUGGGAUCCGGCUCAGCUAAGCUUCACACACGGUGUCGCCUCGGGGGAUCCCUAUCCCGACUCGGUCAUUCUUUGGACACGCAUUGCGCCAUCUCUCGAAAACGACAGAUCGAAUGUGACCGUUACGGGUAAUGUAGCUUUUUACAACCACGAGACGGAGAAGUACAUCAAGGCCUCACCAAAUCCUAUCUGUGUGGACUACCGCGUUGGUACCGACGGCAAUUUCUCCAGCAUCGUCGAUCAAGGCCAAGCAUACACCACUUCCGACAUCGACUUCACUGUCAAGAUCGAGGCGAAGAACCUGUCCCCAUUCACCCAGUACUACUACCAGUUCAACGUUUGCGGUAGCUCCAACAAGAGUCCACUCGGUAGAACCAAGACCAGUCCUGACGAAGACGACGAUGUUUCCAAAGUCGGUCUUGCUAUUUUUUCUUGUUCCAACUGGCAGAAUGGAUACUUCAAUGCUUACGGGAAUGCUGCCAGGAAAGAUCAAGUUGACUUCUUCGUUCAUCUCGGUGACUACAUCUACGAGUCUACCAAGGGCAAGCUAGGUCAAGACCCGCGCGCCACAAACCCCGCGCGAGAGAUUGUCACACUUUACGACUACCGAACUAGGAUCGGCCAGUAUCGCACCGAUGACGACCUUCGACUUGCUCACCAGAACUUUGCUUGGAUUCCUACAUGGGAUGAUCAUGAGGUCGCGAACAACGGUUACCGCGAUGGCUUCAGCGGCAUGAACAACACUGAGCAGAGCUUCAAAAAGUUCGGAGGAGUAAGUGUUGACUCAAGAAAGAUGAACGCUGUCCGCGCAUACUUCGAGUGGAUGCCGAUUCGUCAAGUCGACAUGGACGACAAUCUCCGUAUCUGGCGCAACUUCAAGAUGGGCAAGCUCUUCGACCUUAUCAUGCUUGACACUCGCAAUUACGACCGAUCUAUCACGACACUCAACUGGAACGACGACUACAUCGAGGAUCUCAAAGACGAUGCUGGUCGCUCGCUCAUGGGCAGCCGCCAGGAACACUGGUUCUACAACCAGCUCUCCGAGUCGCAUGAACGCGGUGCUACCUGGAGGAUCAUCGGCAAUCAGAUCAUCUUCUCGCGGAUGAACAACAGCGCAGUGUACAGCAAUGAGUUGAAUGCUGAUCAGUGGGAUGGAUACACCGCGAACCGCAACCGUACCCUUCAUCACCUUUACAGCAACGAGAUCCCAAACACUGCUUUCUUGGCUGGUGAUUCUCAUGCCAACUGGGUAUCUGAUCUUGUUUGGCUUGACGAGACCCCAUAUGAUCAAGCUACUGGUGCUGGUGCCAUCGGCGUCGAGUUUGCUGGCACGGCCGUUUCCUCAAGCGGUUAUGGCGCUGGUAGAUCCAUUGCCAACUCAAGCGACCGUUCCGCGGCCCUUGUGCGCGAUAACAGAGAGCUUCAGUGGGCCGAAGGUUACUACAGAGGAUACUACGAGCUGUUCAUCUCACCUGAGGAGCUCAAUGCGCAGUACUACGGCUCGCCAUCUGUUGCUUCUCGCAACCCCUUCGAUAUCAGCCUCGCAAACUUCACCGUUAAGGCUGGUGCUAACCACUUGGAGAGGGCGAACGGUACUGUAGUUGCUGCAGGCGGUCAUGUCGAGAGUGGGGCGCUUCAACGUGGUCCCACCACUCCAACCAAUCUGACGCUCAAUACCGUUACUGGGGUCUGGAACGUUACUGGCUUUGAGCAGAUGUUUGUUACAUACGCCUAAGAGGCUAGAUGCAGAGCGAGGGACGACCGGAACUGCGGCUGUCAGGCCCUCAACUCCACAUCGAUGCAUAUGAUCGACUCAUGUAAUCUGUAUUGUUAUACACAAUGAUGUCGCUCAC